AUGAUAGCUUGCCGCGGCGGGCGCGCGGCCCUCGGCCGGGGCUGCGCGGGCGGCUCUCCGGCCGCGUCUCGAGGCGACCCCGCCGGGCCGAGAUUCCGCCGCCGGCCGCGCGGGGAUGGAAGUAGCCGCUGCCUCCUGUGGGAAAUCUGCGCAUGUGCGGGAGGAGUGAGCAUGCGCAGAUGCGCCUCCUCGGCCCCUCGGCCGCCCUCUAGUGGCGGAAUGGAACCAGGCGCCCUGCCGCUCUCGGUCCGGCUGCGCGAGGCUCUGUCGGGCGGAGAGUGCGAGAUGGUCGAAGCCCUUCUCCAGCAGGGAGCGGACCCCAACUUGGUUCUGCCUGAGGGGAUUGCCGGCAUCCACCUUGCGGCCGGCAUGGAGCAGGAGAGUGGGAUCCGGUGCCUUGCCCUCAUCCUCCGGUACGGCGGAGACCCCAAUAUCAGGUCCGUGGACGGUCUCACCCCCUUGCAUGUGGCAGCCGCCUGGGGGUGCUACAUGUGCCUAAAUCUCUUGCUGAUGGAAGGAGGAGACCCCCACCUGAAAGACCAGGACGGGAACACUGCCAUCGACCUGGCUUUGGAGGAAGGGAACGAGAUGUGCCUCCGUAUCUUGCAAGGGUUCCUGGACGAGGCUGCAGAGGGGCAGCACCACUGGAGGAGCUACCGAAGAGAAGAAAGCUUCCUCACCACCGUGACUGAAGACACCUUGAACCCUGGGCGGUCCUUGAGGCUUUAUGACGCUUGCCCCAUCCUCUCUGGCGGAAGCUUGCGGCCUCCUCCGGAUGAGAGCCUUCAGCAUGCGAAGCCACCCACCUUCCUUUCUCGUCCUCCGAAGAGCCAAGAUAAAACUUCUUCCUUUGAGGACAGGAUCGCUUCUUCGUUCCUAACGGAGUGUUCUUUGGCUUCCAGCACUUUGUCCGAUCAGGGAGACCUCUGUGCUCAGCCGGCAGCCUCAUCCGGCUUGGGCGGCGUGCUUGGGCAGCCAGCCCCCAGUCCCUUGGCAACACGGGGUUUUCACAUCGGAGGACCUGAGCCCCUCAAACCAGAUCUUGGCACAACCCAAACUCAUUGCGUCCAGAGCACUACAGCUAAGGGGUCCCCUUUGCCUCCAGACAGCGCAUUUCCCCCUCCACUUUAAGACCGCAAGCUGAGAGCGAGCCUUGAAAUACAAAACGCUAACAGAUCCCGGGAGAUCCCCAGGCCCUCUCCCACCCAUGCAGUUGUGUCCGAAUGUGAAGCAGAUCCCAUUGCCAGCAUGCAGGAUCCCAACCUCACCUUCAACCUCUCCCAGUAUGGCAGCUUCCUAGACCCAGACCUUGUGGUGAGAGCCAUGGGCCACGAAGGGCUGGACGUCACCUCGCCCGAUCACGCCUACCUGUUCACCCGGGAGAACGCUACAGCCAUCUCGGACCUGGAAAAGACGGUCGUGGUCAAUGCGGAGUUACUGCCGAGCGGCUGUGGGAAUCUGGGCAGAGGCGCCGAACGAGCUGAAUCGUUUAGUGAAAGCUCAAGCAGUGGCCAGUAUGCCUCGUGCGACAGCGAAUGUUACGCAAGCACUACGGAAGCGCUCCGCUGCAGCGAGGCUCAGAACCAGGAGGGAAGGGAGGCCAGCUUCAGCUGUUCCACGUUCAGCUCCCACAACACUGAGAGCAACAGUUUAAUGUCAGAAUUGUCUGCCAGAGGACCGGUAAGCAGCUCCGGAGAGCCGCUUGAGGCAUUUAGCGAGAGGAAUUCUCCUGCUAGGUCUGACCGCCUGAGACAUUUGUGUGACAGAAUUGGUUGCGGGGGCUUAUUCCAACACAUGCGCUGGAAGGCAGCCUUUGGACCUGGUCUGCUUUGGAAAGGACAAACGGCCCAAGAAUGGCGGGCAGCCGGGUUUUCCCAAACGUCCCAGGUUCUUGCAAAAUGCCCUUUGCAGAAGUGGGGAAACCAAGGCACGGACUCUCCACCAUUGAGGGAAACGCAGAAGCCAAGGAUUUCUGGAGCAGAGAACGAGCACCUUUCGGAAAUUUCCUCUCCCAUCGUUGGGAGAGUUGAUACCUGGGAACAGCAAGGCAAACUAAAAGGGAAUGGGUCAUCUGAAGCUCAGGAACGGUUGAGUACAGAGGAAAGGAGAGGAUUUCACUCCACGAGCAGCAAGGAUGUGGAGGGGCACUUGUGGACUCCAGAAACGGUGCUCAUACAGAAGGCAUCUGAAGAGACGUCUUCCCCGGGGAAUGAGAGCCCUGUCCCUUCCGGGAUGGUCUGGGAUGCGGCUGAAACAAUAGCCGUCCCUCAUCAAACUCCUCCAAGCAUCAAAGAAGAGCCGGCCGGCUUGGAGGCCAAGCUGAGGUCAAUGAUGCUGGCGACCAGGGUCUGCCAUUCACCGCUGCUCCAGCCCCACCAAAGCCGGCACGUUACACCCCGAAGCAAAAGCCGCAUGAUGGCGUCGGCCACGCACAAUGCCAGCUCUUCCUCCUCCCUCUUCGACGAGACCCUGGAGGUGCCACAGCGUCCCAGGCGGAUGAGAAACCCCAGAGGGCAGGUUCCGGCCUCCGGCGAGAGGCAGGAUCGAUCCGCUGGCCCAACAAACAGCAGCCUGCAUGGUGCGGCGGGAGGCAAGAAUGGUGAACUCGAUGACACCUUAUUAAUAGGGGCUGGUCUCAGCAGCUGUGAGCCAGGCAGCUGCUCAGGGUCCCUCCCUUCGGGCGGCCCUCUCAUCAGCCCGGAUACACCAGGAAGUUCUGGGAGAGAUGUUUGCAGAGGGUAUGACCGUUCUGACACCAAAUGUGGCAGCGACCGUGUGACAGAUUCAGGGGAAGAGCUUCCCUUGAAGGAGGAGAAGCUGCCACCAGGGAAUGGUGCCCAAGAAAGCCUGGAUGCUGUGCUGCCUCGGGGUGAACCUGAGCGCCUAAGUGCCAGGCGUGGUAGGACCAAGAGGCAGGCCAAUCGCUCGCGAGUGAGCUUCAGCCGGCUGCCUGCACCGAGAGUGUCCACCUGCCCGUCCGGACGGAUGAGUCCCAUUGCCCAAGAUGUCCAGCUGUCGCCCGGUGGCCGGCCCGUGAACCUGAGCGCCACUGAGCCCGUGGAAUACCUUUACGAGGAUGAAGGGCACGCCCUCGUGGAGCGCCACAUCCCUUGCACGGACGACUCCGUGGCCAACACCACCAGCUCCGAAGACACCGUCAUCUACGACUGGCGGGCAUACACCGGUCAAGUGGCCGGGCCGGCAGAUGUGGGCGGCAGCUCUCCGCCAGCCGCUUCUGAGCUGAGCCACCUCUCAGACGAAGCACUAGUCCGGCAGCUUCGAGACUUCGGUGUCAACCCGGGUCCUGUAACGGGACUCACCAGGAAAAUUUACCUGCAGCUACUUGAGAAGCUGAUGAGUGACCCGAAGACCAAGGCCCGGAAGGGGUCUGCAGGCUACAGCCCGGAAUUGUCUUCUGCCCUGGACACUUACCAGAUCCCAGAUGGCCAGGAGGACGAGAUGGCUUUGUCCAGGCCGUUCGACCAGCCGGACAAGAGCCGCAAGUGGAGGGAGGGCCUUCUCAAGUCCAGCUUCAACUACCUGCUCCUGGAUCCCAGGGUGACCCAGAACCUGCCCUUCCGCAGCCAGUACAUCAGCCGGGCCGAGUGUUUCCGGACAUUCAUCAGCGCCAUCUUCUACGUGGGCAAGGGGAAGCGCUCCCGGCCGUACUGCCACCUCUACGAAGCCUUGACGCACUACCAGCAGAGCCGGAGGAAGCAAGGCCGACAGGCCUGCUCCAAAGUCCAGCAUAUCCUGGAAAUCUGGGCCAGCGGGCAGGGGGUCAUCUCUAUGCAUUGCUUCCAGAACGUCAUUCCGGUGGAAGCCUACACGAGAGAAGCCUGCAUGGUGGAUGCCAUUGGGCUGAAGAUGCUGACCAAUCAGAAGAAAGGGAAUUACUACGGCAUUGUGGCAGGCUGGCCUAUGAGGCGGAGGCGCUGCCUGGGUACCCACCUCCUUCACAGAGCCAUGCAGAUCUUCCUGGCAGAGGGGGAGCGGCAGCUGCGCCCCGCGGACAUCCGCACAGGCCAGUGACAGCUGCCUGGCUCGCGAGGCGUGGCCAGCACCCCACCACAUGCACCAGACACAAUGCCCAUGGCCUGGUCAAGGCGGUCGUCACAUUAUGCCCCAGGUCUUGGGCUAGGACAGGCUUCCUCAACCUCAGCCCUCCAGAUGUUUUUGGCCUACAACUCCCAUGAUCCCUAGCUAGCAGGACCAGUGGUCAGGGAUGAUGGGAAUUGUAGUCUCAAAACAUCUGGAGGGCCGAGGUUGAGGAAACCUGGGCUAGGACUUGCCUUGUUGGCUCCCCGCCCCCCUCCGGCUCGGCUAGGAGUUGGGAGUUCGUGGGGAAUGCGGAACUCCCUGCCACUGGAUUCCCCAAUGUCUCAACAGGAGAGAAGGAUCAGUGUUGGACAAGCUUGAAUUCGCUCUUGACGCACAUUGACAGAACUGAAUGUUCACCUCUCUCUUUAAACAGAGUCUCCUGUGCCCUUCUCAGAAACACGUAUAUAUGUAGCCGUCAGACAUGUGCUUUUACUGUUUUUAAUUCUGUAAUUUAUGCUUUUAUACUUUUUUUUAUAUGUAGCUUUCUCAUUCGGUCCUCCUCUUCCUUCGGAUGAUGUAGAGUUGGUGAAAAAUUAAAUGUUUUUCUAGGAUUGGGCAGAAA